AACAUGGCGUCUAAGUCUGGAAAGUUUGGGUGUUACCCUGUUUAGUUUGUAUUUGCACAGCUAUUUUAUUGUGUCGCUGUGUGGUUUAAGUUGCAAAAAUGCGAACUGUUUUAAUGGUAGCAGAGAAGCCAUCUUUGGCUCAGUCUCUUGCUAAAAUUCUCUCAAAUGGUGCUAUGAACAGCAGAAAAGGCAUGAAUGGGGCUUGCUCGGUUCAUGAAUACAGAGGCAAAUUCAAUGGAGACACUGUAUUCUUUAAGAUGACAUCUGUUUGUGGUCACGUAAUGAGCUGUGACUUUAUGGGAAAAUACAAUAACUGGGACAAGGUUGAUCCGGUUGAACUGUUUCAAGCACCCAUCCAGAAGAAGGAGGCAACACCAAACCUACACAUGCCUGCUUUUCUGAGAAAGGAGGGCCAGGGAGCUGAUUAUCUUGUUCUUUGGCUGGAUUGUGACAAGGAAGGCGAGAACAUCUGUUUUGAGGUUAUAGACUGUGUGGAGCCCAUGAUGAACAGGACACAUGCGCAGCAAAUCUUCCGAGCCAAAUUCAGUGCAAUCACAGAUACUGAUAUCAAGAGAGCCAUGCAAAACCUGGGCGAGCCCAACAAGAACGAGGCCCUGUCAGUGGAUGCCCGCCAGGAGUUAGAUCUGAGGAUAGGAUGUGCCUUCACCAGGUUCCAAACCAAGUUCUUCCAGGGAAAGUAUGGAGAUCUGGACAGCACCCUGAUAUCUUAUGGUCCAUGUCAGACCCCGACACUAGGCUUCUGUGUGGAAAGACAUGACAAGAUUCUUUCCUUCAAGCCUGAGGCCUACUGGGUGAUCGAUGUACAGGUCACACAUCCCGAUGGGAAGGAGCUGAAGCUGGAGUGGGACAGAGUCAGGAUAUUUGACAAGGAAGUGGCACAGAUGUUUGUCAACAUGAUCAAGUCUAGUGAUGGAGCAAGGGUGCUGGGUGUUGUCACCAAGGAGAAGAGCAAGGCCCGUCCCAUUGCCCUCAAUACAGUCGAGAUGCUCAGAGUGGGAAGUUCAGGGCUCGGUAUGGGCCCCCACCACGUGAUGCAGAUAGCGGAACGUCUCUACACCCAGGGUUACAUCAGCUACCCCAGGACCGAGACAACGCACUACCCAGAAAACUUCGAUCUCAAGGGCACCUUGAGGCAGCAGCAGUCGCACCCAGACUGGGGGAGCUUCGUCCGUGAUCUACUGAGCAAGGGCAUCCAGAGACCAAAGAAAGGUUCGGAUGCAGGUGACCAUCCCCCAAUUACCCCUAUGAGGUCGGCCACAAACUCAGAGCUGGAGCAUGAUGCCUGGAGAUUGUACGACUACAUCACCAGACAUUUUAUUGCAACUCUGUCUCCCGACUGUACAUACUUACAAACAACAGUAUCCUUUGACAUUGGUGCUGAGUUGUUUUCAUGCUCUGGCAAAACGUUGCUAGACCCAGGUUUCACAGAAGUCAUGACAUGGCAGGCCAUUACCAGUGACGAGGAAAUGCCACGGUUUCACCGUGAUCAAAUGCUCUCCUUCAAAGAAGUAAAGCUAAACGAGCGACAGACCUCACCCCCUGACUACCUGACAGAGAGUGAGCUGAUUACUCUAAUGGAGAAACAUGGUAUCGGUACUGACGCCAGCAUCCCUGUCCAUAUCAACAACAUUUGUGAGAGGAACUACGUCAACAUUAUCGCUGGCCGUAAGCUGAAGCCCACCCCACUUGGCAUUGUGCUGGUACAUGGAUACCAAAAGAUUGACGCUGACCUUGUGCUACCGACCAUGAGAUCAGCUGUGGAACAACAACUGAACCUCAUCUCUCACGGCAAGGCAGACUUCUACGCAGUCAAGCAGCAUGGCUUGGACAUAUUUCACAGGAAGUUCCGAUACUUUGUUGAGAAUAUCAACGGUAUGGAUGAGCUGUUCGAGGUUACUUUCUCAUCCCUGGCCGACAGCGGUCGACCUCUGUCAAGGUGUGGUAAGUGUCGACGCUACAUGAAAUACGUGCAGGCGAAACCUUCUCGUCUUCACUGCUCCAUGUGUGACGAGACAUAUUCCCUGCCGCAGAACGGCAACAUCAAGCUCUACAAGGAACUCCGGUGUCCGCUAGAUGACUACGAGCUGGUGUUGUGGACAACUGGUGCCAAGGGCAAGAGUUAUCCACUGUGUCCAUACUGCUACAACCACCCUCCCUUCAAGAACAUGAGGAAGGGGAUGGGUUGUAACGAAUGUACACAUCCGUCCUGCCAACACUCCCUAUCACAGACCGGAAUCUCAGAGUGUGUGGAGUGUGAGUACGGCAUCCUCGUCCUGGACCAGACGUCUGGACCCAAGUGGAGGAUGGCUUGUAACAAGUGUAGUGUGGUGAUCAACUUCUUUGACAAUGCUUCCAAGAUUACCAUCGGUGAAGACACCUGUGACGACUGUGGUGCUAAUACUGUUGUUGUGCAGUACAAGAGCAAGUCUCCUUUCCCUAAUGGUGAUGAAGAGCACACGGGGUGUGCCUUCUGUGAUGCUGUGUUCAAGUCACUCAUUGAGAAACAUUAUGCCGUCAACCUGUCGAACCGCCGUGGCCAUGGUGGCAGAGGACGUGGGGGCAGGGGAAGAGGAGGUCGUGGCCGUGGCAGGGGUCGAGGAAGAGGAAAACCAAAAGACAAGAUGGCUCAGCUUGCUGCCUAUUUUGUAUAGCAUGAUUUUAUGGAGACCUUUUACAACGGUUAAAGACUUGUUAUUGUACAUCUAGAUGUUUAUAUACAUCUAGGACAGUACGUUCUUCCCUGUUAGGUGUACAGCAUGUGCACGUAAUGAAUGCAAGAAAUGUCCAUGGUUGGAAGUGUCGCCACUUACAGAUGUGUAGAAUUAGUACCUGGGUAGACAGUCAUAAGGGAUGCCAAUAUCACAAGACUCUACGUGUCCACCUUCAGGGCUCAAGGGUUACAUGAACAAUCUGUAACAGACGUGAGCUCUGCUGUAGUCUACUCUUAUAUUCAACAUAGUGUACAGGACAGAGGAAAGUUCUCUAUAAACCUACAGACAUUUCUUCAAGGCAAUCCUGCCCACAACAAACAGUCAAUGUCUGGAAAUAUUUCAUCAGCCACACUUGACAUUUCUUUGGACCAGGUACAUUCGAAUGACUGCUCUGAGAUGGUAUAAGUUUGUGAAAAAUACUCCUUUCACUGCAACAGUUCAGUGGUGCCAUGUUUAUCGGAUCUAUUCAAGCUGUUUUCUGGGACAGUAUGUGGUGGAUUCAGUCAGGUCCACCCAUGAAGGUUGUUAUCAAUGGCCACUUGUGUCAACACGACCCUGCGCUUACACGAAUGUGCUCAUUUGAAGACUUGGAAAAUGCUCCAGAGUACUUAGAGAUCUUUUACAUCGGAAUAGUGCAAGCAUGCUAGUCUUUUGACAAAAGUAAUCAAUAAAAAAAUAUGAU